AUGACAUCGGAGCUAGACCUGCAUAUCGCGCUCGACUACAUGUGGGAUUCGCGCAUGUACAUGAUCAAGGUGAUCAGCAAGGGCGAUUUCAAAUACAGCGACAUCCUCCUCCUGAUCAAGGACAACAGCACGGAGCAUAUCCACACCAGGUACCCGAGGGAGACCAUCAUACUCGUGGAGCACGAGGUGGAGAUGUUCGUCGAGCAGCGCGACAUGUUCCGAAACUUCAUCCGUGAUAUGCAGGAGAGGAAGGCGAAGCUCGCACCCCUGUUCACCGCCCUGUACAACGUGGAUCAGAGAACAUGGGAGGUCAUGCAGGAUGUCAUCCGCACGAACAAGGGCCACCAGAAAGUCUUAAGCAAACAACAGAUUGCAAGCCUUGUCAUGUACAGCGAUGGGGACGUCCUCGAAAACCUGGAACGCAUCGAGCCCAACAUCUUCCAAGCCUACACGGAGAUGUACAACAUCAUCUCGCAAAUCCGGAUCAAGCUAGGCAUGCCCUUCCUCCCCUACAAGCACCCCAUCUCCCCGGAGUACCUCCUGCUGCAUCAUUUAACCCCCGAGUAA